UCACCUCUCCUUCCCUUUCCUCUUCCACCAGCUCUGCCAAAAACAUCCUGCCUACUGAUAACGAUUCGACUCUUCUCCUUCACAACCACCUUAUUAGCUUGUCCAAUCCAUCCGAAAUGGCUUCUUUCCAGGAUCGUGCUCAGCACGCCAUUGCCCAGCUCGACAAGGAGCUCUCCAAGUACCCCCUUCUCAACAACCUUGAGCGCCAGUCCUCCGUCCCCAAGGUCUACGUGAUCCUCGGCCUGGUUGGUAUCUACACCUUCCUCGUCUUCUUCAACAUUGCCGGUGAAUUCCUCGUCAACCUCGCCGGUUUUGUCAUCCCUGGCUACUACUCCCUCAACGCCCUCUUCACCGCCGGUAAGGCCGACGACACGCAGUGGUUGACGUACUGGGUUGUUUAUGCCUUCUUCACCGUCCUUGAGAGCGCCGUCAGCGCUCCCUACUGGUUCCCCUUCUACUACAUCUUCAAGUUCGCCCUUGUCCUCUGGAUGGCUCUGCCCCAGACCAACGGUGCUCAAAUCGUCUUCCACUCUUUCAUCCAGCCCGUGCUCGGUCGCUUCUUCCAGGGUGGUUCCACCUCUGCGAACCUCCGCGCCCAGGCCGACGCUGCCACCAAGGCGCAGUAAAUAGACUUUACUUAGAAAGUUGAGCAGCUGUGAGGCCGAUCUGCAGUCUCCAUAGACUGUAGAUCAGACCCCAGGGCUCUCGACAGGUGGAGGUCGAAAAAAACCCCGAACCAGCCGGCGGAGUGUUGGAUAUGACGUCUUCUUUGAUAUGUUUGGACGAUUCAUGUUCUUUUGAACUGGAUUGAAUAAAGAUUGAAAAGAGGGAAGGUAAUCACCUGGAGUUCUUGGGACUCCUGGUGGAGAAAACGGAGAGUCUGGGCUGGGCCAAUCCUUGUCAUGUUACUCUUGUUUUGUCAUGAAUUGCUUGGGCAGUAGAACGUUUU